UUGUAAAACAUGUCGGAGAGUGACGACAGCGCCACCGGAGAAAGUGUGAGAGUUGAACCUUCAUCAUCAUGGAAACUGAAUGUGAAGGAGUUUAAGUUACCACAUCAUCACCAUGAUCAUCAUAACCGUCAACCACGUUCCUUCACUUUCAGUGGCCUUGUUCGCAAACCCAAUAACAAGAAGCAACGCAAGGUAGCAGAAUACUAUAAACAACAGGAGAAGCUCCUUGAGGGCUAUAAUGACAUGGAUACUAUGACUGAAACAGGACUUUUUCCAGGAAGUCUUACCGAGGAUGAAUUGAAGCAACUAGCAAAACGUGAGAGGCUAGCAGUUAAUGUGUCAAAUGCAGUCAACUUGGUGCUAUUUGCAGCGAAGGUAUAUGCAUCAAUUGAGAGCAGAUCAUUAGCUGUGAUUGCUUCCACCUUGGAUUCUCUCUUGGAUCUUUUGUCGGGGUUCAUAUUGUGGUUCACUGCCAAUGCCAUGAAAACACCAAACCAUUUUCACUAUCCAAUUGGAAAGAAACGGAUGCAGCCGGUGGGUAUCAUUGUUUUUGCAUCAGUGAUGGCGACCUUGGGAUUGCAGAUUUUGAUUGAGUCUGGCAGGCAAAUUAUUGCAAAGACUAAACCUGAAAUGGAUCAUAGUGAGUUGGGAUGGAUGAUUGCGAUCAUGGUAUCUGUAACCGUUGUGAAGUUCGUUUUAAUGGUAUACUGUCGAAGGUUUACAAACGAGAUUGUAAAAGCCUAUGCGCAGGAUCACUGUUUCGAUGUUAUUACUAAUUCAGUUGGAUUAGCUGCUGCUGUGUUAGCUGUCAAGUUCUAUUGGUGGAUUGAUCCAUUGGGAGCUAUUAUUAUAGCACUGUACACAAUUAAUACAUGGGUGAAGACAGUGAUUGAGAAUGUAUCAUCUCUUAUCGGAAGGACAGCGCCACCUGAUUUUCUAGGAAAGUUGACAUAUCUAAUAUGGAAUCACCAUGAAGAGGUUAAGCACAUAGAUACUGUGAGAGCAUACACAUUUGGUGCUCAUUAUUUUGUUGAAGUGGACAUUGUUUUGCCAGAAGAUAUGCCUUUAAAUCAAGCACACAAUAUUGGUGAGACACUUCAAGAGAAACUUGAGCAACUUCCUGAAGUUGAAAGAGCUUUUGUGCACAUUGAUUUUGAAUAUACUCAUAGGCCUGAACACAAGAUGAUGGUGUAAUGUAACACAUUGAUUAUCUCUUUUCUUUUUUGUUGUUGUAAAUUAUUAUGGCCUGAGCCUGACAUUAUAAUGCUUGAAUGCUUG